AGUGCGCGCAUCGGUUGCUGCACUCAACCAGCAGGUUGCUGCACCGGCCGGCAGCCGUGUCAUUUCUCAUCUCCGAGUGGCUCUCUCCACUUUUUUUUCUCUUGUUUUUUUUUGGGUCUAACCGACAACCUGCUGAUGGAGAUGAUCUCUUUCCCCGAAGGAUAUUCGUCUGGCGUGGCGCAAGUUUAUGUGCUCCUUAUUGUGGCUUGCGUCUUGUCGGCUGCUAACGUGACGGAAGUGUCGCCCUUGUGCCCUCUUGGCUUCUUCCCGUGCGGCAACCUGACCAUGUGUCUACCCCAAGUGCUGCACUGCAACGGUGCCGAUGACUGUGGGAACCAAGCGGACGAGGAGAACUGCGGAGAUAACAACGGAUGGCCGCACCUCUUUGACAAGUACUUUGGAAUGCCGAACCACAGUGACAGAACAAAGUCCAACAUGUGCCUGCUUGGCCUCAUUCCGGACUUGUGCCAGUGUCGGGAUCUGGAGCUGGACUGUGACGGCACGCAGCUCCGCGACGUGCCAGUGGUGGCUGUGAACGUCACCAUGAUGUCCUUGCAGAGGAACCACCUGCAGAAGCUGAAAGCAAACGCUUUCUUAAUUUACCAGAACCUGCAGAAACUAUAUCUGCAACACAAUGAGAUCGAAGAUGUCAGCCCAACUGCUUUCAGAGGACUGUACAAUCUCACCAGGCUAUAUCUGAACUACAACCGCAUUUCCAUGCUGAUGCCCGGUGUAUUCAGGGACCUGCAUAAACUGGAGUGGUUGAUCUUGGAGAACAAUAACAUCCAUCACAUCUCGUCCAACGCUUUUUCAGGACUCAACUCACUGGUCUUGCUGGCUUUGCUGAACAACACUCUGACAAAGCUAGACGACAUUUGUCGUGAGAUGGCCAGACUCAACUGGCUGGAUUUGGAGGGAAACUUGAUCGAGACCUUGGAGAAUGUGUCGUUCUACUCCUGCAGUAUGCUGACAGUCUUGGUUCUCCAGCGCAACAGGAUCAGCUACAUACAUGAGCAAGCCUUUUCGGUCCUCCAAAAGCUUGGAGAGUUGGAUCUGUCGAGCAACAGACUGAUGACGAUCCCACUUAAUCUCUUCUUCCCUCUUGGGGAUUUGCUUCAACUAAACAUUUCAUACAAUCCCAUCAGAGAGCUGCAGGUGGACCACUUUGACAAGCUACUUAAACUGAAGUCCUUAAGCAUCGAGGGCAUCGAAAUUGCCAACAUCCAACGACGAAUGUUCGAGCCUCUUAAAUACUUGACCCACAUCUACUUCAAAAAGUUCCAGUACUGCGGUUAUGCGCCUCACGUGCGCAGCUGCAAGCCCAACACGGACGGCAUCUCGUCUUUCGAAGACCUGCUGGCCAACAUCGUGCUGAGGGUCUUCGUCUGGGUGGUCUCGGCCACCACUUGCUUCGGCAACAUCUUUGUCAUCUGCAUGCGCUCGUACAUUCGCUCCGAGAACAAGCUACACGCCAUGUGCAUCAUCUCCCUCUGCUGCGCUGAUGGGUUGAUGGGCGUCUACCUGUUCAUGAUCGGGGCGUACGACCUGAAGUUCCGCGGCGAAUACAACCGACACGCCCAGGCCUGGAUGGACAGCGGCCAGUGCCAGGUGAUCGGCUCCCUGGCCAUGCUGUCCACCGAGGUGUCGGUCCUGCUGCUCACUUACCUGACUCUGGAGAAGUACAUCUGCAUCGUGUACCCCUUCCGUUACCUGACGCCAGGUUGGCGCCGUACCGUGACGGUGCUCCUGGGCAUCUGGGUGUUCGGCUUCAUGGUGGCAUUCCUGCCCCUGGCCUUCAAGGGGCUUUUCCGGAACUUCUAUGGUACCAACGGUGUGUGCUUCCCACUGCACUCGGAGCAGCCCGAGACGCUCUGGGCACACGUUUACUCCAUCGUCAUCUUCCUGGGUUUGAACCUUGUAGCAUUCCUGAUCAUCGUGCUGUCAUACGCCAGCAUGUUCUACAACAUCCAGCGCACGGGUACGCAGACCACCAAGUACAGCAACCACAUCAAGAAGGAGGUGACCAUCGCCAAACGCUUCUUCUCCAUCGUCAUGACCGACUCGCUUUGCUGGAUCCCCAUUUUCGUCCUCAAGAUACUGUCCUUGCUGCAGGUGGAGAUUCCCGGCACGAUUACCUCAUGGGUGGUCAUAUUCAUCCUGCCCAUCAACAGUGCCCUUAACCCCAUCCUUUACACCCUGACCACCCGUCCCUUCAAGGAGACCCUGAUGCAGGUGUGGGCCAACUAUAGGCAGCGGAGGCCAGUGGUAGCAAGUCACCCCAUCCAUCAGCCCUCGCUCACCUGGCAGGAAAUGUGGCCACUGCAGGACUCAAGCCCAGCGGAGGGACGUCAUAGGGAUGGGACCGAGGCCAACCCCGCCAAGCUAGUCAACCACGUAGAAAAUGACACUGGCGUUCCCGUGUGAAUCCGCUACGGAGUCAGCGGCGGUGCGCUCGAUUGGAAAUGAACUGGUUGGGCGCUGACCUCGACCAAGUUUGAGCAAUCUUGAUUAUGUGGCAAAUUUGCAAGUUGACUUGAACAACACAUCCUACGUUGGUACCUUCAACACAUGACAGCAAGUCAGCAAAACAUCAGGGAAAAAAGCAGUGUGAUAGCCAGCAUGAGUCUUUUUAGAGACUCCUAUCACAGCACAGCUAGUUCAUGCUUCGUCGUUUUAUGGUCUUUUUAAUCUUCUUCUUUCGGCACAGCAGAUCAGUCGUUUCCAUCGCACUCUAUCUAUCCUCUGUAUCUUCCUCUGUCACGCCAGCCACCUGUAUGUCCUCCCUCACCACAUCCAUAAAUUUCCUCUUUGGCCUC